GGACUUUACCCUUCAACACGGCUAUAAAAUACAGAGGAGACGUCUGCACGGCCCCAGUCUUCAGCCUCAGAGUGAAGAAGAGACGAGCUGCCUCUCAAAGAUUUAAUCAUGAAGGUACUUGUGGUUCUCGCACUUUUCUCUGUUUGCAACGCCAACAUCCUGUGGCAGGAGCCGCCCAAGACCAACUUGGACUUGGUGAAAGAUGCUUUCUGGGACUACGUCGGGAAAGUAACUCUCACUGCUGAGGAUUUGCUGAAGCAGAUCAGAGAGUCCGAGCAGGGACAGGAAAUGAACACCAUGAUCUCUCAGAGCUCUGACACAGUGAACCAGUACGUGGUGGCUCUGCGGGCUCAGGUGGCCCCCCUGACCCAGGACUUCAUGACCCAGUUCAACCAGCAGGCCGAGCAGCUGAAGGCUCGUCUGGAGAAAGACCUGACCACCGUGAGCACCAACCUGAAGCCCAUCGCCGAGGAGAUGAGUGCUCAGCUCCAGAAGAAGGUGGAGGAGCUGAAGCUUGAGACCGCUUCCUACGCUGAGGCCAUGGACCCCGAGGCCCUGAAGGCCGCGCUGCUGAAGAAGAGCGAGGAGCUGAAGGUGCAGCUGGACAAGAGCGUGAGCCAGCUGCAGGCCGAGAUGGUCCCCUACACCGAGGAGAUGAAGAAGAAGACGGAGCAGAGCAUGGAGGAGUUCCAGAGGAGUGUGAUGCCCAUCACCCAGAGCUUCCAGACCCAGAUGACCCAGAAGACCCAGGAGAUCCAGCAGACCCUGAACCAGAGGGGAGAGGAGCUGAGGGCCAAGCUGGACGCCAGCGCUCAGGACAUGCAGGCCAAGCUGACCGUCCUGUGGGAGUCCUUCAACCAGAAGACCCAGUAAACCUCCAUCAGCCUCAAAACCUCCACCAGAUAUUUAUUUAACAUCCAGCAAUGUAUAUUUUUUUAUUAAAUAAA